AUGAGUGUUUCGAUGGACUUAGGGGUCGACGCCCUGCUGCAAGCAGCUCAAGCAGAGGAGGCUCUGAAUGAAGUUGAGGUCGGUGAUGACGAUCGCGAAGACGGCUCCAGCAGUCUCUCCGAAAUUGAGGACAAUAAUAUCGACGAGGAGGAGGAUGAGGACUUAGAGGGCUCGGAGGACCUCAGCAACCCCUCCGAAAACGAUUCUGAAGCAGAGACGGAGCGUCUCGAAGAAUCUCCCAUUAAAUUCCGACAGCAACAGGACCUCGUCAUGUCCAGCCAAAACUACAAACACAGUCCAAGCAAGCUCAACAAACAAAUCUCACCUACCGAUAUGGAUAUGGAAGAGGACGAUGAGGACGACGAUCCGUUAUCUUCUGACGAUAUUUCUCAUAACGAAUCCCCAGACUCACCGAAGAGCUCUGAGCAGGGCGAAGCUGAACUCGAACCUACAACUGCUGCUACAUAUCUUGACGAACCUUCGGGCGAUAUCGUCAAGACAUUACUGUCUGCUUCAGAUGCCGAUACAAGGAAGCGCAAACGGUCCAUAAUGGCUGGAACUUCGUUGGACGACGACCUUGAGGAACCUUUGCGCAAGCGUACUGGCUCAGUGAUGACACCCGGGCGUGAUUAUGCGGUCGAGGACGAGGCUAACCCUGACUACGAGGAACAAUUAUCCAAUCCAAUCAGCGGGAAUGUGUCUGGUGAGGAGGGUGAGGCAACGCAAGAGAAUGAAGGUCCCGAGGAAGCUGGAGAUGCUGUCGUGCCUGAGGAGCUUGCUCCAGAGAUCAUCGAUGCGCCAACAUCGCCAAAGAGACGAGGGCGAAAGAAGAAAAAGGUCGUGGAGAAUGGCAUCGGUGGUCGUGAGGAUCCGGACGCCGACGUUGCUGUCAAUGGAGACCACGAAGUCAGGAAUGGCGAAGAAGGCUCGGCAGAAAACGAGGGUUAUGACGAAGUCGAGGCUGCCAACAAGAAUGAGGAAGAACUAGUCGAGAAAAAGCGAAUUGCAUUAGAACAGUUGAGUGCCAUCGAACGGCAAUUUACUGCCUUCCGAGACAGAGUCUACGAUGAACGAUUAGAACAACUGAAUCGAGAAGAAGCGAUGCUGCGACAGAACAAAAUUACACAUCCAGACUACCUCGCAAUGAUACAAUGUAUCGAUGCACGGAGAGACGAUAAGCUUCGAAUAGCGGACAACCUGCGCACGCUUGAGAUGCAGAAUCUCAGGAACCAUUCAGUGGCGAAAAGAAGUCAGAUUCUUGUUCAGUAUCAACAAGAAGUUCGCGAGAUCCGGGAGAGGAAGCUUGAGCAACUCGGAAAGCAAUGGUACGAAAUCCAACACGACAGGAGGAAUCAUGCUGGUAGCAUUCCGGACUACACUCUAAAGUACCCGGCAACGAAAGCACAGCAAGUUCAGAACCAGAUGGCUUAUAACACCGAGGUGUCCAUUCUUAGUGGAGUUGCGAAAUAUGUUGGAUUCCCUGCAGCUCCGACAAUGGCAUCGGCCACAGCCGCAGAGCUGGAAGAUGAUUUCGAGAAAAUGGGGCGAACGAGACAAGCUCAACCAAUGCCGGUACCUAUGCAGGAAUUGCAAGCGCUCCGCAACGCUGGUUCAAGGUCUCGAUUCAAGCCGGCUGAAGAACAGUUCAUUGAACAGACGCCGUGGGCUAAUCCUCAACAUCCGUCCCAUGCGCAUCUGCUCCAGAGGCAGACACCGGCUCAGCAAACGCCCAGAACAUCGACACAAGCGCCAGCUCGAAGACACUCCCACCAACCUGGAGUGCAGCCAAUCUCUGGUACCUUCUCGAACAAUUCUAGUUCCACAAUGACGGGUCGUAUUUCGCCUCAUAACCCGUUCGUCAAUUCGCACUCACAUACCAUCGUACCCUCCCCGUUGGGAAGUCGACAACCAUCACUAUCCCCGCAGCAAAACCGGCACCCACCGUCGAAUAGCCAAGAUUUCCCAAAGAGCAACAUUGUACAUCAUCACUCGCCUCCUGCGGGUCCCUCUGAAGUACCGCGCGAAUUCGCGCACGAGGUGAGGCGAGAGCAAGCUGCUGCGAUGAUGGGUCGGUUCUGA